CUCUCUCUCUCUCUCUCUCUCUCUCUCUCUCUAUAUAUGCAAAUAUACAAAAUCCAACCCAGAACCCGUAAUUCUUGUUUGUCCCAUGAACACUCAAGAACCAGCUGAGCCAGCAAGGAUUCUUCUUAAUCUUCUUUAUUACCAUACCAUCUUACACGUUCCUCCUCCUCUCCAAAAAUGGAACCACUUGGUUUCCAACCCAGUUCUCUCUUAUUCUCACCUUGCCUACCAUGUUUGGCUUUGCUGCCUCAUUUAUAUCGCACCAUCACUGAUCAAAAGCCUCUCAUUUGGUUCUUGAGCUGCACAGAGAGUACAGUUUGUUGGGUUGGCAUUUUUCUCAGCAAUGGCGCCUAAGUAUAACCCCUUUGAGAUUCCUGAGGGUUGGGUGUUGGAUACAAGGGUCAAGAGGGAUGGGACUGAGAUCAAGGGAUUCUUCUGUCCUGCAACAGGUCAAGAAUUUUACACAUAUGAUGCCCUGAUGCACUAUAUCAGCUAUGCAAUUCGUGCACAAGUUUCUAUCUAUUCACCGGAUUUCCAAGCCAACAAGCCACAGAAAGAAGCUAGCUCAAAGGCCGGGACGAAUUCCUCAUCAGGCCAGAGCUCAAAUUCACUUGUGACUGAACAGGGCGAGAAAAGCAUUGAUCCUGCAUGCUCAAUUCAAAAGCCAGAUCCAAAACGAAAUGGCAAGUCCAGCAAUUCAAAGGCCAAGAAGAAGCAGCAGCGAAAACGAAAGUGAGGAAUCCAAGCUUCCAGUAUAAACAAAGAUUGAACAAUCUUGACAUGAAUCUUCGCUUGUAGUAAGAAGCCAGAAGUGUGGGCAAUUUUGUAAAGCUAUUGGUUGCCCUUUUUUAAUACUUUGAACAUGGGUAUGUCCCUUGUUUCUUGGGAUCUACCUUCAUUCUGUGAUGCUUAAACCUCGAAAUCCUUUUAUCAUAGUGGGUGCCAUACUUGGUUCACCUUUACAUUUUUGUUGCA